GCUCUGCAUGGGGGGCCAUGAUGUGUCUUUCAGUAUGAUUCCAAACACUAUACCUCUGUCAUUUGACUCCAUCCCUGUUUACAUGGAUCCUCUGUUUUUUCCACCUGCGCUACCCAGAAGGAUCACAUCCUGGAUUGCUCCCACAGAACUGAGACAUGUCCAAACAGGCCUUUGUGUUCCCCAAAGAGUCAGAAAAUUCCUAUGUGUCUCUGACUGCACAGCUAAGGAAGCCACUCAUAGCCUUCACCGUGUGCCUGCAAGCCUAUACCGACCUGACCCGUGAUUAUAGCCUCUUCUCUUAUGCCACAAAGAAGCAAAAUAAUGAGAUCCUCCUCUUCAAGGGACAGAAAGGAGCAUACAGUGUAAGCGUGGGUGGAGCUGACGUCUUUUUCAAGCUUCCUGAGCGUUCUCCUGCACCAAUGCACUUCUGUGUCACCUGGGAGUCCCACUCAGGGAUUACAGAGCUCUGGGUAGAUGGGAAGCCCAUGGUGAGGAGGAGUCUGAAGAAGGGAUAUAAUGUGGAGACAGACGCAAGCAUCAUCCUGGGACAGGAGCAGGAUUCCUUUGGUGGGGGCUUUGACAAAGGCCAGUCUUUCGUGGGAGACAUUGGAGAUGUGAACAUGUGGGACUUUGUGCUGUCACCAGAUGAGAUUAACAAUGUCUAUCAGGGUAGCAUCUUCAGUCCUAAUGUCAUAGACUGGCAGGAGCUGAAGUAUAAAGCAUACGGUGAAGUGUUCAUCAAGCCCCAGCUGUGGUCCUGAGGCCCUUUUGUGAAUCCUGAAGUUGCCUCCUGGAGAUUACACCUUAGUUUUUCCUCAUCUUUCGCUCUGAUGUUUUAUUGUCUUACAUACACAGCUCCCAUGCCCAGGGGGGACUAUAUUUCCCUCCCCCUUCUCCACUGUUUUCAUCAUCGCAAGGGUAGUGCAGAGCAGAGGGUCUUAUUCAGGGCUGCACAUUAGAAUUAACAGGCCACACUCCAGGCCAAUGAAAUCUGAUUUUGUGGAGGUGGGCCCCAAGCAUCUACAUUUUUUAAAGCUCUCCAAGUGAUUCCAAUGUUCAGCCAAGGUUGAGAGCCACUGCAUUUUAGGUGUCUAAGAGCCGGAGAGCCAACAUUUUUUUUUCUCCUGAAAGACUGCAUGUGUUUAUUUGUAGUCUUGCCAGCAUUUUCAUUUCCCUCUGUGGUCUGACCCACCCCAUUUUAUUGUGCUUUAUUGAAUUAUCUAAAGGACAUAGGAGUAGAAUUUUUCUAACAUUCUUCCCCUACCAUCGGGAUGUGAUCAUUAUAAGUUAGAAUUAUCUUUAAUUCCUAAUCCUUUCAAUUUGAAGUUUCAAAAAUCUAAAAAGAAAUGUUUUAUUGUUGUUUCUGUUUAAUUUGUUCUAUUUUUUCUUGUGAGUUCCAUUAUUUUUCUUUCUCAUUUAUCAUCACUCAGAUCACUUUUAUCUGUAUAUCCUUAUAUUUUGAAUUUUUAUUUUUUAAAUUUCUUUUAUUUUUAUUCUUUCAAAACUAUCCUCCACAUUAAUGAUUUGCUUUUCUGUUUGGCAUAUUGGGAUCUUUAGUGUUUCUAAUGCCAUUUAAAAUUCUGCAGUGCUUUUUGAGUUGUCUUAAAUUCUUUCCAGGAUUUGGUAUGUUUUAAUCGACUCUCAUCUUCCAUUGUCUCUGGUUUCUUCAAUUUGCUUGAGAAUUUAAUACAGUUGCUGUCUAAAAUUU